GAUAAUUUUCAACAUUAGUACUGAAUAUCACAGAUAAAUUGGUUUCAAUACACGGCUAAAUUAGACUCGGAGCAGAAUGAAGUUUUAUUUGAGCGUCCUUAUAACGGUAUUUUGUGUUUGCAGGAGAUUUGUGAAGGCUGAGCAAACCUACACGGUGACCAAUGAGCGUUUCGAGCAUUAUGAGGGCCAACAAAAUACCCUAUUUAAUCAUAACAUGAAAGUAAUCGGACGUCAACGUAGUCUAAAUGGAACUAUGACAUUUUUGGAAGAUUUUGAUAAUAAUCGGUUUAUGCUGCAAGUAGAACUUUACUCAGCACAAAAUGGCGAUGAUAAUUUUAAGCUUUUACCCACGGGCUUGCCACCAAAUAAUUUUUGUGAGACUCUUAAAAACUAUUUCAACCAAAUGUUGAAACCGUCCUUGGUAGAAGGUGAGAAUACUAAUUUCCCUAAUAUACCCGAAGAGGGUUUGUGUCCUCUGCCGAAAGGUGAAUACUAUUUUAAGGAGUUGAUAUUAAAUACUGAUUCGUGGCCCAGUCAGAUACCGCGUGGCACUCUCAAAUCGAAAAUGAUUUUUUACAAAGACGGUAAGAAUAUUGGUGCAUGGUCUCUGCAGAUGAAAAUCGAGGAUCGUAAGUAA